AUGGUUAGCGAGAAGAUUGUCCCGGGACUGAAGGGACAGCGGCAGACCCUGGUUUGUGAGCAUAACGUGGCGGGCCACGUGGACAAGUUCAGCACUCCUUCCAUGAUCAGCCUGAUGGAACGGGCAGCUAUCGAGGCCAUUGACCCAUACCUGGAUGAGGGGCAGACCUCGGUGGGGUUUGAGGUGAACGUGCGGCACCUGGCCCCCUCGGACAUUGGCGCCACGGUCAUCGCCCACGCGGAAUUGCUGGAAGUGAGCCGCAACCGGCUGAAUUUCCAGGUGGAGGCUUACGACGGCGAGCGCAAGAUAGGGGAAGGUACGCACCGCCGCGCGAUUAUCGACCGGAGCAGGUAG